AUGACUCCUAGCGACAUGGCUUUGCCACUGGAACGGCUAGAGGAGUCAACAGAGCUUUUGCCAGAUCCGCCGGACUCUGCGCCAUCAUCUUCCACUUGCCAAAAGGCGCAGAAGUGGUCGCUUCGAGUUCUGAUCGGGGUGGCAACUUUAGUGCUUUGCAGGUACGCCACCGGCGCGGAGUCCGUGAGAGGAUCGGCGGUCUCGGUGGUCACCCGAGACGUCGCCAACUUGGACUCCUUGGAUUCCUCGGACGAACCAUCCUCGGACGAUGCGGAUGAGGAGUCGACCCGAAGCCUCGCUGGGAAAUGUCCAGGAGGCAUUUCAGUGGAAGGACUGAGCGGCGGCGUCCAAAUCAUCAAUGCUGUAUGGAACGUUCCAGGCGAAGAAGCUCCGCCAGCGAGAGCGCUCAGCAGAUCCAUUUCCCUGCCGUUGUCCAGCCGUUCCUACUUCGGAACUUCAUGUGCAGCGGAUGAGUACAAUCCCAAGGAGUAUUUGGCACAGAACCUCUUGGGAAAGCAGCUGCUGUUCACAGUAGACCUUUCCAGCGCUGGUUGCGGUUGCAAUGCGGCCCUGUACCUGACAUCGCUCGCAUAUGUGGAAACCGAGACAGAGUGCAAGGAUUACUAUUGUGAUGCUAUGAGUGUUUGUGGCGUCCAAUGUCCAGAGAUUGACAUCAUGGAAGCCAACAAACACGCCUUCCGCUCCACGCUCCACUCCGGAAUCUCGAACGCGAAGCUCCCCACGGCCGGCUUCGGUGGAGGAGGUUCCCAAUGGACGGGGCCCCGUGAUUGGUCGCAGGAGCAGUAUGGACCAGGGGCACGGUGCAUCGACACCAACAGUCGCUUUCAGGUCGCCGCCAGGUUUCCGGUCGACGAAAACGGAAAGCUACGCGGUUUGGAGGUAGUUUUGUUGCAGCUCUCGGCGCAGAGAAGUUGCGAGUUGUUGCUGGACAUCUCAGAGUACAAAGAUCCGAGCACAGGCGAAGAUAUGCUUGAUGCUUUGGGAAAGACUCUACAGGCAGGCAUGACUCCCAUCGUCAGCUAUUGGAAGGCCACGAAUAUGAAUUGGCUGGAUGGGCACGGCCCUGGCGAAAUAGGGACGGGAUUGUGCGAGAAAGCGCAAGAUGCAGAUCCCCAAUGCUCAGACAUGUCUGGGAAGGAAGAAGUGGAAUUUUCAUUCUUUUCCAUCAGUGAUCUGACCGAUUAG